CUAAUUUAAAAAUAGAUAAAAUUUGUUAUCUGGUACUAGAAAACAAACUGUAUUGAAAAAGUAUUACUGUGUAGUAACAUGGUAAUACGAAGUUCUAAAUUGUGUUUAUUGUAGUUCUACUUAUUGUCUUAAAUACAAAAUAAAACAAAAUGGAUCAAAUGCUCCCUAGUCCCGGAUUUAGUAUCCCAAGUAUAGGAACACCGCUUCACCAACCUGAGGAGGAUCAACUUAUCUUACCAAAUGCCCUUCAACAGCAACAGCAGCAGCAACAACAGCAGAUCGCAACUAGUAGUUCUCAAGUACCUCCUUUGGCACCAAUGGGGGGCUUAACACCUACUCUUGGACUUGGCAUGGGCCAUGCCAUGUCUGUACCACAAACCAAAUAUGUAACUGGUUUUGCAUUGCCCAUGAGUUCAAUGAAUGCACAAACUCCCCAACACACAAUGAGCCCUAUGGUCAAUUUAGGGGGUUCUAUAACCACAGGAGCAGGAGUAACUCCAACAAUGGCUCCAUCAACUCCUUCGCCAAUGACUCCAAUGACACCUCAUUCUGCAGAUCCAGGAAUUAUUCCACAAUUACAAAAUAUAGUGUCCACAGUAAAUCUAAGUUGUAGAUUAGACUUAAAGAAAAUCGCCCUCCAUGCCAGAAACGCUGAGUACAACCCAAAACGUUUUGCAGCUGUAAUCAUGAGGAUACGUGAACCACGUACCACAGCUCUAAUCUUCUCUUCCGGAAAAAUGGUGUGCACAGGAGCCAAAAGUGAAGAAGACUCGAGGUUAGCGGCCCGAAAGUAUGCCAGGAUAAUCCAAAAACUCGGAUUCCCUGCGAAGUUUUUAGAUUUCAAAAUUCAGAAUAUGGUCGGCAGUUGUGACGUUAAAUUUCCUAUAAGACUUGAAGGGCUUGUGCUAACUCACAGCUCUUUCAGCAGUUACGAACCCGAGUUGUUUCCCGGACUUAUUUACCGUAUGGUAAAACCUAGAAUUGUGCUUUUAAUUUUCGUGUCUGGCAAAGUUGUAUUGACGGGCGCAAAAGUGAGGCAGGAAAUAUAUGAAGCCUUCGAUAAUAUUUAUCCUAUUUUAAAAAGUUUUAAGAAACAAUGAUUUUAUUCGGUUUUGGAAGAUUCUAGGUUUAAGAUUAACUGUAAAAUUUGUUUGAUACAUGAUUUUUUUGUUUUUUACGGAAAAAUAAUGACUGUUGUGAUUUUAAAUAUUGAUUACGCAUUUCAGAAUAUUUGUAUAUAGUGCAUGAAGAGGUCAUUUUAAUUUUUUGAUAAAGAAACACUUA